AGGUCUCAAAACUGAGUUCUAUCUGUCAUCUUAAACGUGCAGUGACUUUAAUGCCAUACUCUUUAUCGAGCUGCCUGACGAAGACAUCAUUCAUAUGCUGCACAAUGAUCAACUCUUACAAUCAAAGCCCUCCAGCAGACCCAUCCCGGGGUCUAAAGUCACCCCCAUCAAUUAUGAAAAUUUCUGUAUGGAUUUUUACUCUUUCGGUGUUUGCGCAGGUUGUUGGGAUAUGUAUUUUUGGGGUAUAUUUCCACACUAAAAUAGAUAAGAUUGAAGAUGAAAUGAACUUAUCUGAGGAAUAUUUAUUCAUACGGAGAAUACAGAAAUGUCGGAAAGAAGGAAACGUAGAUUCAUCAUUACUGAGCUGCAAAGAGGUUUUAAAUAGAUUCCGAAGCCUAAUCCCGGAGAUCAUUCCAACAGGACCUUCUGGAGAAAAACAUGAAAAGUUAACAGAUAGAAGUCCAAUGCCUUAUGUGGGAGAAAAAGAUGUUACAGUAAAGAAAGACGCAGCAGUUGCCAUACAUUUAGUGGGAGACAGACCCAACAGCACCAAAGAGGCUCUUCGUUGGAAAGAAAAAGGAUAUUUAACAACAAAAUUGGAAAUAUCAUACACAAAUGGAAAAUUACGAGUGGAAACGCCUGGUGUGUAUUAUUUGUACUCCCAGGUCAGUUUUAGUGCAAGCUCCGCGCAGUUCCAGAAGGCUCCAUUUGUACAGUACAUCUAUAUGAAGAGAAUGCAUGAAACUGAAAGGCUUUUGGUGAAAGGAGCAAAUACAUUGGCACAACCUGCUAUUUCGGCCUUGCACUCAUCCAAGGUCGGAGCUGUCUUUACACUCAAGAGGAAUGAUUUGAUAUUUGUCAAUGUGACUGAUCCAUCACUUAUCGAUUACAGUCCUGAACUUACGUAUUUUGGUAUGUUCAAGCUCGGAGAAACGUCAUGAUCUUUAAGCUACCUUCUAAUAUAGUUCAGUCACCAGUUACUUGCUGAAUGUAUAUUUUACUGAAAAAACUGAUUUCUUGUUCUUGCUAGAUACAGAAUUCCAAAAGACAACUAUAUUGAGCACGGCAAGGGGUCUGCAACCUCUGACACCCCAGCCAUUGUGAAAAUACAACUCCCAGCAUGCACACUUGUUCAGCUGUUCUAGGAACUCCCAUAGAAUUGAAUGGAACACGCUGGGAGCUGUGGCUUCAAAACAGCUGGAGUACUUGAAUUUGCUGACCCCUGGGAUAGGACAACUGUUUCCAGUGAAGCUUCACUGGCCACAAAAUUCUGUUAGUAUUAGGUCUUAUGUCUACAGUAAAACCUAUAGGCACAAGACCCAGUGCUUAUGUGCUCUGUACCGCUAUAUUGUGCCUUUAUGGAUUCAGAAUAAAUAUGUUAGACAUUUUAAAGAAUACAGAGACAGCAUAUGGACCCAGAGCUUUCUACGAGUACAGGUUUUUUCUAUUUUACUGAAUGCACUGAAAACACUGCCGUAAGUCCAGACCAAAAGCUAUUAUACUGUUAGAGGGGUUUUCAAUUUAGGGAAUCUUGUUGAUAGGCUGUGUAUUACUAUUAGGACCUCCAGUGAUCAGCUGUAGUCUGUGGGGAAAUUUUCCUGCAGCACCACCCCAGGGGAAGUGAAGCAUUACACAUUGUCCAUGCAUGGCACUGAUAAGCCGGGUCACCCAGAGGAAACACACCGAUUUGGAUAAUAGCCAAGCAUCUUAAAUGGUGUGCCACCAUGCUAUUAGAGUUCUCUACUGAGUUACUGUACAGUGAAACCUCUGUGAGACAACCACAUACCUGAAUAUAAAUCCAAAUGACUUUGUAGAUGUGCACUUGGCAGCUGAAUCCAACACACUUUGGCCCAUCUUGAUUGGUUCCCCCAUUGCCAAAAUAUUUACCUUUUUAUUAUAUGCAAAUGAGACCCUUGGUGCAAGAGGGUUUCACCAUUGGACCAAAAGCUCUGCCUUUUCAAUAUAUAUAUAUGCAUAUAUACAUUCAUGAAGAAAUAGUGCACAAAGCCAUAUCGCACUGCAAAGGAUUCCUUUGAUAGUUUGUAUCCUCUAAAAGCAUAUCUGUCAUGACAUCUGUCUGCUUAAUGCAUCCCUGCAUUUUCUAAAUUCUCUUUAUACUUUCUAUGAACCUGAUUCAUCUUAAAAGUCCUGCUAAUCCCUGAAACCAUUUUAUUUUCAUUCCUCUAAAGUUCAAGGGUUCAUCCAUCAAAAACUAUUACUAUGCAAUGAAAUUCAGAAUUAUUGUAAUGUACAUAAAAUAAAAAUAUUGUAAGUUUUUUUUUAUGUACAUUACAUUUUCCUUUUUGGUAGCCACCUCUGCUUUAUCCUUCUGGUCAAUCUUGCAUGCUCAGUAGCUUCCUGAGUGCUGGUAUAGCAAUUCAUCUCUACUUCUGAAGUCAUAAACAUAUACAAUUAUAUCUCUCUCUAGACAGUGGAGAAGGAAAUUGGGGGCAUUACAUACCAUAGUGCUAUUCAUUAGUGGAAUCUCUGGGGCUGUGUGUGAGGGACUAUUUUCUGUGCAAUGCAGUGCACUCCUGGAAGA